GACGCAGUCCCAGGACCAGUGCAAGCGAAUUCGAUGAGAGUGGGACCUGGAGCCAAGGCCCGAGCAGGAAUCUGAAUUGCUGCAGAGAGCCGAGCGCUGCGGAGAUGGUGGUAGAGGAGUCGGAGAGGGAAUUGGAGUAGUGAAAUGUGCUGGUUUUUAUGUGCUAGAGCGCGGUCGUGGGCGACGGCUGCGAUGUUCGUGUGACUGGAAGGCGAGUAGAGGGAGACACCGGUUGCUUCCAAUGGCUUCGUUUUCCUCUCUGAGAUCGGAAGUCUUCACGCGGGAGCAUAAGCGGCAGCACUAUGGGUCUUACAUUAAGGGUCUCAGCGCCUAUGACAGACACAAGAAGUUCAUGGAUGAUUACGUGCAUCUUUACCCCGGAAGCACGUCCAGUGUUCCCAGCGUACCCGUCAAAACGGACAUGGAUACCCUGCGAGAAACCUACAGGUUCAUACGCACGGACGAGGAUGAUGCCGAAAGAACAUGGGAGCAACGUCUAGCGAAGCGCUAUUAUGACAAGCUCUUCAAGGAAUAUUGCAUCGCCGACAUGUCCCACUACAAAGACAGCAAGAUCGGGUUCCGAUGGCGCACGGAGAAAGAAGUCGUUGGUGGAAAAGGUCAGUUCAUAUGUGGAAAUAGGAAGUGCACUGAGAAAGAAGGGCUGAGCAGCUAUGAGGUCAACUUUUCAUAUAACGAAUCCGGUGAAAACAGACAGGCGCUGGUGAAAUUGAGGGUUUGUCCCAGGUGCGCCUACAAGCUGAAGUACAGAAAAGAGAAGGAACUUGCAAGCCAGUUGCGCGAAGAGAAGAGAAAGGCCCGCAAGAGGCAAAGGAAGGAGAAGCUAGAACGUCGGUCAAAAAGGCGACAUACGUCAAGAGACACCGAUGAGGAUGAUAGCGACGAGGACAGCAGCAGCAGCAGUGAUGACUCCGAGUCUCACCACUCCAGUGAACACACGACAAAAAAAUCAAGAGGAGUUCCAUCCACCUCAAGUACCAUAGGAGCCUCCCAACAGCCCGGGCGCAAUGAUGAGUUUGAUCAGUACUUCGAAGGCAUGUUUUUGUAAAAAGCUGGCGACGGUGAAUAGUUACUUGUAGGAGGCAGGAACGAGUAACUUUGUGAUAAUUUUUCAGCACUGCCUUUUAAGACUGAAAUAUAGAACAUACGACCGAAGUUAUUUAUAGAUCAGAUCAACAAAGUAGCCUCCACAUGGCAUGAGGAAAUUCAGGAAGCAUUGUUCCAAGGGUUUGUACCAAGUUCUGAAGGCCAAGCCUUUUUUUAAUUCAACACGCAAAUGUUACCAUA